AUGAACAAGCAAUAUCAACUUCUGAAGUCACUCCUCAGUGACCAGCCAGAAAUUAUUGACUCAAUCGAUGCGGAUGGUCGGACGCCCUUACACUGGGCAGCCUCGUCCGGGGCGACGGAUAUAGUCCGAUACUUGCUUGAUCGAAAGGCUGAUGUGGAUAAGCUCGAUUCAAGCGGUUGGACCGCGCUACAUAUAGCCGGUACACUCAUCCUGGCUUCUUAUUUCUUAAAUGACUACCUGACGACAAUACUAGUCAGUGCUGGCCACGAGGAAAUCGUUCGAGAACUCGUCGGUGCUGGGGCAGAUGUCCAGCGCAUAAAUGACAAAGGGCUCACACCGCUGCACUACGCAGCGUCGAAAUCACGCAUCGAGAUCGGACGUUUCUUAAUUUCAAGAGGUGCAGAUGUCAAUGCGAAGGACAAGGCCAAUCAGCACCCUCUUCACCGUGCGGCAACCACCGGCUCAGUCGGAUUCAUCAAGCUUCUGCUUGAGUCUGCGAAACCCCCCGCCAAAGUCCGGCUGAACACUGCUGAUCGAAUUGGAAACACGCCGUUGCAUUUAGCUAUGGAAUCUGGACAUGCUGAGGCCGCGGUGUUGCUCAUUAAUGCAGGAGCAGAUCGAGACAGAACCAACCAAGACGGCCUCACUCCGGAGCAAGUAGACGGGGUGGGAGAGAUAGAACAGAGGCAAGUUAGAAGAUACGUCGCCGAGCAUUGCGGUCAGCCGUAA